ACAACAGACCGCAUCUCGCAAGCACGCUCAAAGCCACUUCUAAACCGCACCAUGUCAUUCAUGAGCCCUUCCAGGAGUUUCUCCAGCUCAAGUCUGUCUGGUAGCUUGGGGUCAAGGGGUGGUUUGUUCGGGUCCAUUUCCCCAGCCACUAUAGGGAAUCUGGCAAACACACUGCGUCCCACUGUGCAGAUCAACAGCAGCACUUUUCCCCCAGCUGAUGAUAAAGAGACCAUGAAGGGUCUGAAUGACCGUCUGGCGGGGUAUCUGUCAAAAGUGCGACUCCUGGAGGACUCCAACAUUGAACUGGAGAAGCAAAUCAAAGAGGCUCUGAUGAGGAAAGGAGCUGAGAGUGACAGAGACUGGAGCGCCUAUGAGAAGAUCAUUAAUGAUCUGAGAAACCAGCUCCAGGAAAUGACCAUGGACAAUGCCAGACUCUUCUUACAGAUAGACAAUGCGAGGCUGGCUGCUGACGAUUUCAAAGUCAAGUUUGAGUCGGAGCAGGCCAUGCGGCAAGGGGUGGAGCAGGAUCUGGCAGGACUCCGUAAGAUGCUGGACGACACUUACAUGGGCCGCAUGCAGCUGGAGGGCCAGAUCGAGUCUAUGAGAGAAGAGCUGGUGUUCCUGAAGAAGAGCCACGAGGAGGAUGUUGCCAACCUGAAGAGUCAUAUCAGUGACUCUCAAGUCAAUGUGCAAAUGGAGUCUAAAAACAAUGCAGACCUCAAUGAGACCAUUAAUAACAUCCGCACGCAGUACGAGCGAGCCGCGCAGAAGAGCCGCGAGGAAACUGAAGAGUGGUAUAAAAACAAAUUUGACAGCAUCACAGCUGAGGUGACUCAGAACACAGAAGCUCUGCAGGCAGGAAAGACCGAGCUGAACGAGCUGCGCAGGACGAAACAAACUCUAGAAAUUGACCUGCAGGCUCUGCACAAUAUGAUUCGAUCCCUCGAAGAUUCGCUGCGUGAAACAGAGGCACGUUACGCUCAUGAAGUCAAUGGGUACAACUCUGGAUUGGUGCAGCUGGAGGGAGAGCUGGGACAGGUGCGAGCGCAGGUGGAGCGUCAGGCGGCCGAGUAUGAUGCCCUGCUGAACAUCAAGUCCAAACUGGAGGCAGAGAUUGCCACCUAUCAUUGCCUCCUGGAGGGUGUUGUUGACGACGAGGGGGACAAAAAUAGAGAGGAAUUUUCUUUAGAGCAGGCGUUGUAUGCAGCUCCUCCGCCUUCCGUCGGACUUAAGAAAGCCAUCGUCAUCACGCAAGAAAUAGUGGACAGAAAAGGGGUCUCUCAGAGUGAACUUGAGCAAAAUCCUACUGAUCACAACAACCACGUUUUUGGGGAGGAAGAGGAGUUGGCAGAACCACUGGUGUUAGCUUUGGAGUUAGCAAUGGAAAAGGUGAAAGACGAACAAGAGGAGUUUGGAGAACAACUGGAGUUAGCGAUGGAAAAGGCAAAAGAUGAGCAAGAGGAGUUUGGAGAACAACUGGAGUUAGCGAUGGAAAAGGCAAAAGAUGAGCAAGAGGAGUUUGGAGAACAACUGGAGUUAGCAAUGGAAAAGGUGAAAGACAAGCAAGAGGAGUUUGGAGAACAACUGGAGUUACAGUUGGAGUUAGCGAUGGAAAAGGCAAAAGAUGAGCAAGAGGAGUGGGGAGAACAACUGGAGUUAGCGAUGGAAAAGGCAAAAGACGAACAAGAGGAGUUUGGAGAACAACUGGAGUUAGCAAUGGAAAAGGUGAAAGACAAGCAAGAGGAGUUUGGAGAACAACUGGAGUUACAGUUGGAGUUAGCGAUGGAAAAGGCAAAAGAUGAGCAAGAGGAGUGGGGAGAACAACUGGAGUUAGCGAUGGAAAAGGCAAAAGAUGAGCAAGAGGAGUUUGGAGAACAACUGGAGUUAGCAAUGGAAAAGGUGAAAGACAAGCAAGAGGAGUUUGGAGAACAACUGGAGUUACAGUUGGAGUUAGCGAUGGAAAAGGCAAAAGAUGAGCAAGAGGAGUGGGGAGAACAACUGGAGUUAGAGUUGGAGUUAGCGAUGGAAAAGGCAAAAGAUGAGCAAGAGGAGUUUGGAGAACAACUGGAGUUAGCGAUGGAAAAGGCAAAAGACGAGCAAGAAGAGUUUGGAGAACAACUGGAGUUAGUGAUGGAAAAGGCAAAAGACGAGCAAGAGGAGUUUGGAGAACAACUGGAGUUAGUGAUGGAAAAGGCAAAAGAUGAGCAAGAGGAGUUUGGAGAACAACUGGAGUUAGCGAUGGAAAAGGCAAAAGAUGAGCAAGAGGAGUUUGGAGAACAACUGGAGUUAGCGAUGGAAAAGGCAAAAGACGAGCAAGAGGAGUGGGGAGAACAACUGGAGUUAGAGUUGGAGUUAGCGAUGGAAAAGGCAAAAGAUGAGCAAGAGGAGUUUGGAGAACAACUGGAGUUAGCGAUGGAAAAGGCAAAAGACGAGCAAGAAGAGUUUGGAGAACAACUGGAGUUAGUGAUGGAAAAGGCAAAAGACGAGCAAGAGGAGUUUGGAGAACAACUGGAGUUAGUGAUGGAAAAGGCAAAAGAUGAGCAAGAGGAGUUUGGAGAACAACUGGAGUUAGCGAUGGAAAAGGCAAAAGAUGAGCAAGAGGAGUGGGGAGAACAACUGGAGUUAGAGUUGGAGUUAGCGAUGGAAAAGGCAAAAGAUGAGCAAGAGGAGUUUGGAGAACAACUGGAGUUAGCGAUGGAAAAGGCAAAAGACGAGCAAGAGGAUUGGGGAGAACAACUGGAGUUAGCGAUGGAAAAGGCAAAAGACGAGCAAGAGGAGUUUGGAGAACAACUGGAGUUAGCAAUGGAAAAGGCAAAAGACGAACAAGAGGAGUUUGGAGAACAACUGGAGUUAGCGAUGGAAAAGGCAAAAGAUGAGCAAGAGGAGUGGGGAGAACAACUGGAGUUAGAGUUGGAGUUAGCGAUGGAAAAGGCAAAAGAUGAGCAAGAGGAGUUUGGAGAACAACUGGAGUUAGCGAUGGAAAAGGCAAAAGACGAGCAAGAGGAGUUUGGAGAACAACUGGAGUUAGCGAUGGAAAAGGCAAAAGACGAGCAAGAGGAUUGGGGAGAACAACUGGAGUUAGCGAUGGAAAAGGCAAAAGACGAGCAAGAGGAGUGGGGAGAACAACUGGAGUUAGCGAUGGAAAAGGCAAAAGACGAGCAAGAGGAUUGGGGAGAACAACUGGAGUUAGCGAUGGAAAAGGCAAAAGACGAGCAAGAGGAGUGGGGAGAACAACUGGAGUUAGAGUUGGAGUUAGCGAUGGAAAAGGCAAAAGAUGAGCAAGAGGAGUUUGGAGAACAACUGGAGUUAGCGAUGGAAAAGGCAAAAGACGAACAAGAGGAGUUUGGAGAACAACUGGAGUUAGCGAUGGAAAAGGCAAAAGAUGAGCAAGAGGAGUGGGGAGAACAACUGGAGUUAGAGUUGGAGUUAGCGAUGGAAAAGGCAAAAGAUGAGCAAGAGGAGUUUGGAGAACAACUGGAGUUAGCGAUGGAAAAGGCAAAAGACGAGCAAGAGGAUUGGGGAGAACAACUGGAGUUAGCGAUGGAAAAGGCAAAAGACGAGCAAGAGGAGUGGGGAGAACAACUGGAGUUAGAGUUGGAGUUAGCGAUGGAAAAGGCAAAAGAUGAGCAAGAGGAGUUUGGAGAACAACUGGAGUUAGCGAUGGAAAAGGCAAAAGACGAGCAAGAGGAGUUUGGAGAACAACUGGAGUUAGCAAUGGAAAAGUGGAAAGAUGAGCAAGAGGAGUGGGGAGAACAACUGGAGUUAGCGAUGGAAAAGUGGAAAGAUGAGCAAGAGGAGUGGGGAGAACAACUGGGGCUAGAGAUGGAAAAGCUUAUAGAAGAGCGAGAGGAGUUAGAAGAAGAAGAGUUUAUGAAGACAGGGGUGCUCCCUAGGAGUGCCCAUAAAAUCUGGCCACCCCAGUGGCCACCCCUACAUUAAUUUUGCCAUGGGUAUUAUUAAUUUAAAUGCAUAACGUAAAAUCAUAAUAGUUCACAAAAUGAAAGAAAACUAAAUGCAGCCCGAAAAAAGAUUGUAGAUUGGCACCACCAGAGUAGCUGUGUCACUCCAAAGCUCAUGAAAAUCACAUACCAGUUAUAUACCAUGUUAAUCGUGUGUUUAUUAGCUUCAUGUUCUUCUGUAGCUAAUGCUAAUCAAAAUUUGUAAAUCAGUGUAAAAAAUGAAAUUAUGAAAUUAUGAUUCUGUCUGAAGAAAUAUAAAGUAAAGUGUAAAAAUAUAAAUUUUGCUCCCAAGUAUGAGCACUUUUGGAUUGUAAACCCUUAUUGAAGCUGUGAAGACAAAUUAACCGCAGCAGACUCGACUGAAUAUGAAUGGGUGUUAUUAUUCUAUUCAAAAUACCAUACAUUACCAAAUUAUUAUUUUGCAUAAUUAAAAGAAUUAAGAAACCAAAGUAAAUAAGUAUAACAAAUAUUUUACAUUACAAGAAGGGUCUCAAGAUAUGAAGGAGAACGAGUGACAUUGUAUUGCUACGUCUCAUCCUAAUCUUACAGCAUUAUUGGUUCUUCAUCUCUGUAUUUCUUUCCUUCUUAUAGCUCAGUUUUUCUUUGUGAUGACCAUGACUUUUUAUUAAUCUACUGUACCACAAUAAAACGUGUAUGAGCUUUAUCUCCUGGCUAGCGUUGUUAUUUUAGAAUGUAAAU